GAACCUGGUGGGCUCAACUCAUUAAUAUCUAAAAGUUUAUUUGGUAAGUUAAGAAAACGACUCUAUUUUCUUGUAAAUAAAAUGAAACGCUACUCCCUCAUACGACUACCACUAUAAGCACCGAAAAAAACAAAUCAAAGAAAAAUGAACUUCCACUGUAGGCUGUAGCUCCAGUUCACAUAUCCGAUCCUUCAUCCUUCCAAAACUUUCCAAUCGGAGAAAAUUAAAGUGCGAGAAAAUAGGUCCGCACGGCAUGCUCGUAGAGUUUACUUUCCUCAAAAUGAUGGCUACAACUGAAUAAGGGCUGUGCCACAGCAACUGUGAAUUGUGGUUUUUCCAACCACUAAGCUUCUGUGUUACUUGAUUGCUAGCUUGCUGCUCCAUGUCUAGACCAAAUUCAGACUCCAGUGGAAAAUCCACUGAGUCAGUUGGAUCAUAUUGCUUCAUCCAUGGUCAUAAACCUUGUAGUAAUUCUUCCACUCCAGAUCUCAUGCCUGAUGCAAAAUGGUGGUUAAACCAUUAUGGGCUUGAGAAAGGAUACUCGCUUGACCAGCUAAAUGUGUUCAACACGGAUGCUAAACUUUUUGCUGCUAACUACCUUAAGGAAAACUCAAAAACAGAUGGAGAAAGCAAACCUAUUGAGGGAUAUUGUAGUACUGACUACAAAAACGAUCCUGUUUUUUGUUCAGAGCACUUGAAGCAUUUAUUUUCUCACUGCAAGAGUAAUGGAGAUAGCUGGCCACUCGGAUUUGAAUAUGCAAUUGAUAAUAAUGAUCUUCUCCCAAAUGCUUAUUUGACGGGUUUGGAGUCGUGCAAUUGCACCCUCUUUCAACAGCCGGAGAAGCUUUGUUCUGAUUUGGACUCACACUGGAUUGGAGUUAAGAAGAUUGAACCAUGGUGGCACACAGUUGAUAAAGAUGAUUUAGCAUCCUUGACUUCUCAGAAUACAUAUUGCGAUCAUCCAGGAGUUCAGUCCAUGCAUUAUGAAAAGGUUUCUGAAAAUUUUGGGUUUUGUUUCGACCAACAUGAAACGAAAAUGAUGGAUGAGAAGACAAAGCUCUCACAUGUGGCCGAAUGUACUCAAUGCAAUUUUGCUUCAGCGAGCAUUUCAAAACCAUUGGGUAAACAAGGGCUAGCAGAUCCUACACUGCUAGAAUCGGAUAGAAGUUGCAGCAGCAAAGUUGGUCAUGAUGCAGAAAAAGUGGAACCAUCAGAUCCUCAGGUACCAAAUGGUGGUCUUAGCAGAGGUGAAUUAUUGGAGGCACUCUGCCAUUCUCAAACAAGAGCAAGAGAGGCUGAGAAGUUGGCACAAGAAGCCUGUGUCGAAAAGGAUCAUGUUUUCGAUCUCUUUUUCCAGCAGGCGUCGUGCCUAUUUGCUUAUAGGCAGUGGCUCCGCCUGCUGCAGCUAGAGACAUUAUGCCUUCAUCUUAGAAGCAAAGAUGAGAUAACUUCUUUUGCCCCUCCAUCUCUCUCAUCUUGGGUCAGAAGCAAAGGUGUGACUUCGAAGAAAAACAGAUGCGGUGCUGCCAAAAAGAAGGUAAACAGACGGAGAUGUAAUAUUAGCAAAUGCGCCGUUGCUUUUGCAAUAGGUUUGGGUCUCGCUGGUGCUGGUUUACUCGCUGGUUGGACGAUUGGAUGGCUCUUUCCUGCCUUUUGAACUGAUAUUUUGUGUUCAAUUGAUAACUAGGGGAUUUGUUUUUUUAUUAUUUUUUCAGUCUUGGUGGGUAUAUAUAAUUUUAUCUCAUAGUUUUAAACGUUAAAGUGGUUUCUUUGUAAAAAGAUUGUGAAAUUUGGCCAUGAUUGUGCAGAUAUGUAUAUAUAAUUGUGUACCUCUAUAUGUAAAUUUGUGAUAUGCAAGUAAUUGGUGAAUGAUGACAGUUUCUUUA